UUAGUGUAUGCCAUUCCAUAAACUUCAUUUUCGUUGUCAUCGAACAAAUGUAUUUUUGAACCCUGCACGAUUUGUAUCAGAACAAGAGUUUGUAAUAAAACUAUUAUUUUUGUUAUAUUUUUGACAUCGUUUCAAAAUACACAUAAAAGGUAAUUUUGUACUAUUUUUGCUACUAUAAGAAAAAGUUGCUGAAUAAUUUAAUUAUGGCAAAUUUGAAUUUUCAACAGCCUCCGAGAAGUUACGGUUCGUCCUUAUCAAAUCGUGGUACAACAGGAUUUAGUUCAUCCCUUUCGGGACAUGUAACACCUACUUCUGGAAUGUUUCCAAUAAGUAAUGCUUUCAAUACACAGCAACAAAGUAAUCAAUCGGCUCAACUUUCACCGAACAGAAAUAGUCAAUACACUGGUACCAUCGGAUCAAAUAAUUCAGGACAAAUAUUGUCUGCUACUAGAUCCUCAAACAUCAUAAAUCAACGUAACUUUGAUCGACGUACAAUGUCUGGAAUGCCAACUGGACCUGUGACAAAUAUGGGGACAUUCAUGCCCUCUCGUGCUUACGGUUCUCAAGGUAUAAAUAACAUGGGUGGCUUUCAUAGUGUUUUUGGAAGUAGUGUUCCUGACACAGGUACACCACCGCUAUUGGAUCUUUCGGAAUUUCCAUCACUUACAAAUGCACGUGGACAAAAUGAGCUAGUAUUGCCAAUUUCUAAUUCUAUGCAAACUCCAGGAAAUAAGCCGUAUGUUGGUAUGGUAAAACAACCCACAAGUGAACAAACUGAAUUUACUAUGUCAAAUGAGGAUUUCCCAGCUCUUCCUGGAACACAGGCUAUGGAAGGUUCGUCAAAUAAUGCAUUGUCAAGCAAUAUUGAAGGUGCCGAAAAACUAUCCGGUGUAGGAGGUGGAAUGUCAAUGGCAAUGGAUUUACAAGCUGAUGCAGGGCUCUUUAAUGAAAAGGCUAUGAAACGUGGAGUUCAAACUUCUCCGGAUGGUAAAGUUACAAAUAUUCCAGCAAGUAUGGUAAAUAAUCAAUUCGGAAUGGUUGGUUUAUUGACAUUUAUACGAGCAGCUGAAUCAGAUCCAAAUCUUGUGUCGUUAGCGAUGGGACAAGAUUUGACUGCUUUAGGAUUAAAUUUGAAUUCAUCUGAAAAUUUAUAUCCUAGCUUUGGAGGACCAUUUUGUGAUGCACCAGCGAGACCCCAGGAUAUUGACUUUAAUGUACCACCGGAAUAUCUCAUAAAUUCAUCAAUUAAGGAAAAGCUUUCUCCUGUCACGCUAAAAAAAUAUAAGGAUGACCUAUUAUUUUUCCUAUUUUAUACAAAUGUAGGAGAGUUUAUACAACUCUCUGCGGCAGCAGAAUUAUACAAUCGUGAUUGGAGAUAUCAUACAGAAGAAAAGGUGUGGAUUACAAGGAUGCCAGGAAUAACAACGACUUCAAAUGGUUCAACUGAAAGAGGGACAUUUUAUUAUUUCGAUGCACAGAACUGGAGAAGAGUUCCAAAAGAAUUUCAAAUAGACACUCAAAAAUUAGAUAAAUGCCCUAACAUUACUGGUUUUGUAAAUUUGAGUGGUUUCAUCGGUUAAUGAAUAAUUCGAUAAAUUAACGAAAUAAAACUACUGUAAAAUAUUCUC